AUGACUGAUGCCAAAGUCACAUCUGUUACAUCCUUGGUUUCGUUAAAAACUUCUAAUCAAGACUUUGGCAAAGCACCAAUAUCUGCCCGUUCUGUCGUUAAAUGGGCUGAUUACAUGGACAAUCGCCAUUGUGGUUAUUGCAAUGGAACUUCAACUAGCUCUAAAUCAACAGAACGCCAGGGAACCUCUCUUUAUUCAAUUAAUAUCGACGACGAGCCUGUUUUAUCGUCCGACCGGCUUAUGAAGGAUUCAAAUGUUUCGGCUGUUCCUGUAGAGGUUUACUCAGAGAUGCUUAAUCGGGGUUUUAGAAGAUCAGGAAACACGUUUUAUAAAAUUGAUCAGCGUAAUAGCUGCUGCCCACAAUACACGAUGCGUUUGAUUGUUUCCAAAUUUAAACCAUCAAAAGACCAUAGAAAAGCUCUUAAUCGUUUUAAUAGAUGGGUUUUGGGAGAAUCAGAAACAAAUUUAUUGAGUAUAUCAAGUUCACUUUAUCAAAAUGAUAGUCAUGACGGAUUUAAAGUGAACCUUCAAAACAAUAAAAAUGAAAAAAUUUACUUUAAAAAAAAUAAAAAAAAGUUGGCUGAAUACAAUCUUCCAUAUAACGUUCAUCGUGUUGAUGCAGAUUUCGAUCAUCUUCAAUCACAAAGUAGAGAUCCAGGUCUUUAUCUCACACCAAAUGAUUUUUCUUUUGAGACUGUGAUUAGCAAACAGCAAAAAGAAAUAGCCCAAACAAAAAAUUCUAUUGAAUUUAAAUCUAUUUUGUAUACCUGUCGGCCACAAUUUGAAGUAUUUUUAAAGAUUCCAAUGGCAACACAAGAAAAGUUUGAACUAUAUCGCAAGUACCAGGUUGCAAUACAUAAAGAUUCUUUUGAUGAGGUAACUAUGUCAUCUUUUGAUCGAUUUCUUUGUCGUUCACCUUUGAAUUCAAAUAAAUAUCCAUCAGAUAAAGUUCUUACUCUACAGGAUAUAAAAGAUUUGGGAGGAGGAACAUUCCAUCAUGAAUAUCGGUAUAUGGGCAAGCUAAUAGCUUUUGGAGUUUUAGAUAUUUUACCUGGCAAUUGUUUAUCAUCUGUCUAUCUUGUUUGGGAUUCAGACUAUUCUGAUUUAGAACUUGGAAAGAUUUCAGUAUUACGCGAGGUUGUCUUAACCCAAGAUUUACAAUUACCUUAUUAUUGUCUGGGAUUAUAUGUUCCAUCGUGUCCUAAAAUGCUUUAUAAAUCAUCUUUUCAUCCUACAGAGCUUUUAGAUCCCAUGGCAAUUCCACCAAGCAUGUUGGGCUGUCAAGACAGUUCAAGUCACAAUAAAAAAGAUACCAUUUGGUCAACUUCUGGGGAAGACAUACGGUGGAUUCCAUUUGAAGAAUUUUCGACUCGCUGGAACGUUGAUGGUACUCAUACAGAUUGGUAUGUAUCAGUUUUAGAAAAAAAAGGUCUUCUCCCUCAGAAUGCACUGUAUAAACCCCCAGACCUUCUUUGUGAACCUGAACGCGUUACAAAUAUAUUAGGAGCAGAAAGCUACCCCCAAUUUUACAUUGAACGUACUCCUGUUUUUGAUGUUUGUAUGCCUGGAAUAAUUCCUUUUGAUAGUCUUGUUCUAUCUCUUAAAAAUUGCUUUGACAUGUUUUCAGAAAUUAAUGUAUGUUUUAAAGCAAUCACUAAUGGAACUUCUUCUGAAUUUAUACAAAUUACGUUAAAGCAACUAUUGGAUUAUAGUUUUAAGCCUGAAAUAGUUGAAAUUGUUCUUGAAUUUAUUGCUGCGAUAGGGUUAGAUUUAGGACCAUAUUUUGCAUUUCGAUUGAAUUAA